AUGGCUGUUAUAAGGAUUAAAAAGCCCAGAGAGCCAAAACAAGAGGAAAACACUUUAGAAAUCGAGCCCAAACUAAAGAGAAUUCGCAUAAAGACUAAGGCCGGUGAUGAAGAAGCCAAACCAAGACCCAAACUGAAGAUAGAUCUGAAGAAGAAGAAGGAUAAUGUCGAAGGCAAAGAAAAGAAAAAUUCACUGAAGCUUAAACUGAACUUGAAAAGGAGCGAAGAACCACUAAAAAAGGUACAUAAAACCCCAAAAUUACGUCUCAAGCCCAUUAGAAUCCCUGGCGAGGCUUACGAUUCAGAAGCCUCUGAUAUUGAAGAUGAUCCCCUGAUAGAGACUGGUAUAGUACUAAGGAUACUCCCAGAUAUACAGUUAGAGUUCGUGAAGAACUCCUUAGAAUCAGGUGACUAUUCUGGAAUAAGCAUCAAGUGGAAGAAUGAGAGACACGCCAUUGUGACCAUAAAUGAUGUAAUGUACGGUGCCAUUUUAGUAGAUUUACCCACUGUGAUAGAGGUAAAUAAAAGUGUUGAUAGAAAGAACCUUUUGAAGACGUUCGACGUAUCACAAAUGCUGCUAUGCGUAAGAGCUAUACAGAAUGAAGAAGAAGUAUAUACUCUAGAAGCACCGGAUACGGAAGACUUAGUGGUUAAACACUUCGAAGACAUAGAGGAUGAAAUUGGGGAGAACAAAGAAACAUUAUUGAAAGGGUACAAUGGAGCAGCGCUGAGUGACGUGGAGGCUAAGUAUUUGAAAAAGAUUGCCUUGAAAGGUUUUGAUUAUAAGCAUGGGAUGUCGCCACCACUAUACAAUGUUCGAAAUAGACGAUUCAGGCGGAAAAUGGAUCCUAAUGAAAUAGAUUACGUGGAGAAAGUGGUCGAUAUGCUUUUAAAACAAGACAAACAGGCUGAAGAAGUCAGCUAUGAUCUGGUUGACAGUAGUGAACUACAAACAAAGCAAGAACGCGUUUCCAGUUGGGAGAAUUUCAAAGAGGAGCCUGGUGAGCUUUUGUCUGGACCUAAAAAGAAAAAGGAAGUACAUACAGUUGCACCGACAGCAGAAGGGCAAGAAGAUGAGGAAGAAGAAGAGGAAGAGGAUCUUGAUUUGGGUGCAGCUUUUGAAAGUGAAGAAGAAGGAGAAGAUAGUGCUGCCGAGGGAGACAAGGGACGGCAACAGGAGGAAGUCGGUGAUGAGGUCGAUCAAGAUACAGGUGGGGAAGACGACGAAGAAGACGACGAAGCCGACAAUGAAGUUGUGGGCGGAGAGAGUGAAUCUGACGAGGAAAAAGAUGAAAACAGACAGCAUACGGAACUGCUUGCUGACGAAUUGAACGAGCUAGAGACCACGUUGGCCCACACCAGACACAAGUUAAGCAAAGCCACAAAUCCUCUUUUGAAAAGUAGGUUUGUCGACAGCAUCAAGAAACUUGAGAAGGAAGCAGAGUUGAAACGCAAACAGUUGCAACAAACCGAAGAUUCUGCCCAGAAACAGCAUCCACAUCUUCCUGGCGCACAAACCAGACGCAACGAAGAAGUAGAAGAAGAAGAAGAAGAAGAAGAAGAAGAAGAAGAAGAAGAAGAAGAAGAGGAAGAAGAAGACGAAGAGGAAGAAGAAGAGGAGGAAGAGGAGGAGGAGGAGGAGGAAGUCGAGGAACAGGAAGAGAGGGAAGAGGAAGAAGAAGUAGAAGCAAAGGAUGAUGAAGCGCAACACGCACAAGACGGCAAGAUUACGGGCGACGCCCAUGAGACUCCAGCAGAAGAAACACUCGACCAAAACGAUCUUGACAUGAUGAUGCUGUUUGGUGCAGAGGGCGACGAGUGA